UUACGACUUUACACAGCAUGCAAAAUAAGCAUAAAAUAGGGAAAAAUUGAACCGGGUAAAGUGCAAUCAAAUAUCGCGUAAACGUAUAACAACGAAUGCUUUGAUCGAAUUCACUUCAGUUCGAUCCACAAGCCUGAAACGCCAGCAUCGGACGGAAACUGGUUUUAAAACGGGCUCUUGAAAAGUAAAAGUCACCUGGCACUUGUGUGUGUUAUUGUAAAAAUAAUGAGUGUAAUUACGAAACUGCUCAAGACAUUGUUUGUGUUCCUGUUGGCUGUCCUUCAUCUAGUUGUGAUUGCCUAUGAUCCCAACGAUCCCAAGAUAGCCGAAUGCUGCCUUCCGCCGGAGGGAAUGUUUGAGGCAUUCUAUCCCCGUGAAAAGGAGGGAAUCCCCAACAGCGCUUCGCGUCCCGCCCACUCCCAUGGAAGCUUCUUUAAGCAUCGAAAUCCUGCGCUAGUGGACACUAAAAACGCAGCAGCCUAUGGCUACCGAUUCGAUGGAAAGCGGCGCUUUAAUUUUGACUAAGCACACUAAAAUUUGGGGGUAAACUUUGUAUAAUGUGAAUAUUUUAGAUUCAUCCAAUAAAAAUAAAGGUUUACUAUGGUAAAUCCUAAAUCA